GCCACCUCCCCUGGCGCACGCGCGGUGCGGGCCGGCGCCGUGCGAGAUGGAGGAGUCGGGGUCCCGCGGGCCGGGGCUGCGCUCGCUCAAGACGAGGGAGGUCUCCAGCGUCGCCUUCAACAAUCACAGCCCCCGCGCCGUCCUCCCGGUCUGGGUGGACUUCGAGGGCGAGCCCAUCUUCUACCCGGUGCUGGAGCCGCGCACCGGGCGGAUGAUGCACAGCUACCGGGGUCACCUCUGGUUGUUCCGGGACGCAAAGACAAAGGAUGGGCUCCUCGUCAACCAGCAGGAGCUGUUCGUAGCAGCCCCCAACGUGAACAGAGCGGACAUCACGCUGCCAGGUGUACUGGGAGCAGCACUGUGUGUUGGAGGCGGCAGCUGCCCUUGUGACCAGGUUGUCUGUCUAUUUUUGACUCCAGUGUUCACCCUGAAAGAGAGAUGUCUCCAGGUUGUUCGCAGUCUGGUCAAACCAAUGGACUACAGGAAACUGGACAUUGUUCGAUCAUUGUACGAAGAGCUGGAAGAUCAUCCUGAUAUUAGGAAAGAUCUUCAUCGGCUUUCCCUGGAGAGAAGCGAAACGCUGAUGAACGGAAUGCUGGAAUAACACGAUUCACUCCAGGCUCUUUAAACAGCAAAGCGCAGAGUUGAGGCUAGGAUGGUCACCAUGAAACCUGCCAAGAACUAACAUCUGUAUUUGAAAGUUCUGAAACAUAAACUCAGUUAAAUUGUGGAAAACCUGCCGUGCUGGAAGGGCAGAUCCACAAGGCCACCCAGCAGGCAGAAGCUCGCCCGGUUGCUGCUAGUUUAGAGCCGUCCUUCGUUACGCGUGUUGCAGCCCGAUGACUGGGAGCCUUGCGGGGGUCAAGGUCAGAGGAGUUUUAUUUGGGCAAUCUCAGAACACUGCAGAGGGGUGUAACAUCAGGUCAUCUCUGGAGGGCAUGCAUACAGAUGAACUGCCUCUGUAUUAGAACGUGAAUUGCACCGAGGAUUGGUUUAAUCCAGGCACUAGUGACUGUAAGUGGCAGACUAUCACCAGUUUUGAUUGCAUCAUUUAUUUUUGGAUGGAAUUCCACUCUCUCACACUUAGCCUAGAUUUGCCUGUGAAUUGCAAAGCAGGGGCUGUUUGCGUAUGUGAGCGUUUCCAUUGCCAGCUGCUGAGGACCUGACCUGAAAUGUCACGUUGGUGGAAAGAUGACACAUGCAAAUGCUUGGGGGUUUUUCUGCAUCUAUAAACCUGUGUCAUAUCCACACUGAGGCUGACACAUUUUUACUCAGAUCAUACCUUGAAUGCCUUAUUUGUCCUUCAUGAUUGGGUUCUUGCUUAGUUGAUCUCAAGGUGAUACAAACUAGUGAGCCAUAUAGACCUGAGCUGUGGGACACCUUCCUCUUCUGCAUCUGCCUGUACAGACAUUCCAGGUAGUGUUUCUAGAAUGCUCUGGCUCUUAGCUUUUCCCACUGCAGUGCAGUGGUUCAGAGUGUCAUGGGAGGCCUUUUCAGGGAGCACGGACCACUCAAACUGCUUGUGUCUCCUAUGGAACAGACAGCAGGCUGUCUCAGCUCUUACAGGCCUGUUGCUAGAUCAGCUCUCAGACAGACCCAUGGCUCAAAGACAUUCAGAAACGACAUUUCUUUAUAUUCCAUGUCCCUCAUACUUCAAUGUACACAGGUAAUUCAAAGCAGCGUAGUUUUUGGCAGAUACUUGUCCACCAAAUAACAGAUGAAGUGGAGUUCAAUGUUAGAUGGGAAAUCAUAGCAGGUUAUUUCUGUGGCCUAUGUUUCUUUCCAGUUAUAUAUUCUGUGAAACACAACUGUGAAACUGAGAACAACAUGUUCUGUAACGAUGAAGUAUCUCCCUUUUUUGCAGACUUGAUUUUCUUACAUAGUUGAGCUGUAUUAAAUGAUAUUUCCAUAAAAA